AGACCCACUCUGCUUAGAUGAUGAACAGAACACACAACGCCAAGAGGAACAAAGAAACCCUCGAAAAACCCCAAUAAAGAAACACAAAACCUCACACAGAUUCCAAUAAAAAAAAGCAAAUCAGAGCAAAAAACCACUGUUUAUCUGAUGCUUGCAGCAAUUAUUACUAGAUAACGCAAUUACCUUUUACGAUUCUCUGUUCGUAGAACCCUAAAAAGGGAUUUGGCUCCAAUUUGAAGUUAUGAAAAAGGAAGAAGACGGAACCUCGAACAGAGAACUCUACGCUCUACUCCAUGUAUCACCUGAAGCUUCAGAUGAAGAAAUCCGUAAAGCUUAUCGUCAGUGGGCUCAAAUCUAUCAUCCUGAUAAAUACCAAGCUCUACAGAUGAAGGAGGUAGCAACGGAGAACUUUCAGAGGAUAUGCCAAGCGUAUGAGAUAUUAUCCGACGAGACUAAAAGACAGAUAUACGAUAUAUAUGGUAUGGAAGGGUUAACCUCCGGUUUAGAACUUGGUCCAAAGUUAAAUAAAGCGGAGGAGGUUAAGGAAGAACUUGAAAGACUACGACGCAGAAGAGAAGAAGAAAAAACGUCUGCCCAAUUUCAACCUUCUGGUGUGAUUCUGGCACAAUUAUCUGUCCCAAGUUUCCUAGCAGGGCAUGGUAUUAUGAGAGCAAUGUCGAUGAACAGUGAAAUCCAAUCUCAAAUAUCCAAAAACAAUGUUGUUGCUGUUGGCGGGACGCUCGCAGUAAAAGGAAAUAAUGGUGAUGCAGCUGCUAAUGCUGUCUUUAGGCAUCAGUUAUCUUCUGUAUCCUCUAUAGAAAUCAUGGCUUCUGCUGGUUUGCAUGGAUUAAUAGGCUUACAGACAACUCGCCAGCUAUCUCGUCAUGCCAGUGCAACAAUGGGCCUUGCCAUAUCUUUAAGAGAUGGUUCAAUAAAUCUUUCCAAUUCUUGGAACCGUCAGCUCUCCACGACAUCAAAUGGAAGUAUAGAGCUGAUUUUAGGCUCUGACUCCUCAGUUGCUGUUGGAUGGCGAAAGAAAGAACAAAAAAUGGCUGCAGCGGGAGAGAUUAGGAUCGGUACAAGCGCAAUUGGCGCAGUUGCUCGUUAUACUCGGCGCUUCUCCUCAAAAUCCCAUGGGCGUAUUAGUGGAAAAUUAGGAAGCGGUGCACUUGAACUUGAAAUAGGGGGUGGAAGAAAAAUAUCAAACUUCAGCACCGUUAGAAUGUUGUACACUAUUGGGAUUCAGGGUAUAUACUGGAAGCUAGAAUUACAUCGUGGUGCCCAAAAGUUGGUUGUUCCUAUUUUUCUCACGAGGCAUUUCAAUCUUGGAUUUGCUACUGGGGCGUUUCUUAUUCCAACGUCACUUUAUCUCAUGCUCAAGUCGCUCGUUUUCAAACCUUAUUAUCGUAAACGAGAAAAAGAACAGGCACUCGAGAAUAUGGAACAGACUCGCGCUCAGGUUCAAGAAGCAAAAGCAGCAGCAGAGAAAGCUCAGCAGCUGCUGCAAAAUGUGGCCAAUCGGAAACGAAACAAACAAUCUGAGAUGGGUGGAUUGGUCAUUAUCGAAGCAGUUUAUGGUAGCCCUAAUGCGUUGAAAAGCAUCAAUAACCCUGAAGAGAAAAAGGAUGAAUUAGCUUCACAGAUCAUGGAUGUCACUUUACCUCUAAAUUUUCUAGUCACUGAUUCCGGGCAACUUAAGCUACAUGAAGGCGUAAAGAAAUCUGGAAUUAUGGGUUUUUGUGAUCCUUGUCCCGAUGAAACCAAGAAACUGUACGUCAAGUACACUUAUGGUGGCAAUAGAUACGAGGUUGUGGUUGAUGAUCUUCAAGAACUUGUAUUACCUCAGGAAGAACACAGAAUAUGACGGAUUUUCUGAGGUUUCUUCUGCCAAUUUUGCGUAUGCAUUAGAGACUCCAUAGAAAACUAGACCAGUUUAUAGUGUUCUUUCAACAUUACUGUUUCGGGUUACUUGAUUUUUUUCUCCGGUGGCUCAGGAGGAGUUUCGUGUAAUUUUUGCGGAUUAUUCGAUUAAAACGAGCAGUCUGUUGAGUUCGGUUGGCGAAUGACUUCGAACGCACCCCGAAAGAAAUAAAUGAUUGUAUCGGGUUUUAUUUUGUUUGAAUUUUUAUGUAUAAAAAAGGUCAUAAAUUCGAAUGAAA